AUUGUCGAAAGAUCCCGCGUGUUUAGUGGCCGUCUUGUUUGAACAACUGCCAGCGAUACCCCUGCACAUUUGUCGCUUGGCGAGUUAACUUCGUCCAAUGUCGCACGCCUGUUUCUACCGCUCACUCCGCGCGCACCAGCCUCUCUUGUCCGGACGAUUGCCACAACAGAGAAGUUUUUUGCAGACGCAAAAGCAGAAGUGGAGUGGAUUUUGCAGUGGAUUGAAUUCCCGCGCCGCAUAACAAAAAACGUCAAAUCUAUAGAGAUUGGGUGCGGAAACAAAAAAGGCUAAGAAAUCUGCACCCGGCCGGCAAAUGGAAACGGAUUCUUUCCGCCUGUAACUAUUGGUGGAGCAAUGUGAACCUGCGAGACGAUGCGUUCCUCAAGAAUGAGUUGCGUAAACAAGGGGGAUGGUGCCGCAUCUCGGAACUGCUGAAGUUUCCGAAGCUAAAAAUUUGGACCGAUGCGGAACUUGUCAUUGAUUCCCUGACAAGUACCGCUGCACAUAAGUGGGAAGUGGAUGUGAAUGAGGCGUUUCCUAUGAAGUCCAAAGUUCGCCGCGUCGACGUGACGCUGGACUAUAUCGAUGAAAUCGAGCGCGAGAUGGAUGUAGACGAAAACGAUGACAAUAAAAGCACGACGGCUAGUGGCCUUGAUCUUGAAAGCAACCCACUCUCUGAACACGAAAUCAAAAAGUCGCCUCCAACACAAAAGGAACGAAAUCUGCCAUUUUUCAAUUCUAAACGGAAGGUUAUCGUGGCCCGGUCACCCAAUGACAUCGCUCCCCUAUGCAUGAAACUUACGAAAUCAAUCAAACAAUCGGGACCGAAUUCCUUCCCUCUAGUACUUGGAAUGGACGUGGAGUACGCCACAUUGGAAUUGGAUAUUCGGGGUGACCUGCCGGCCAUGCUGCAGCUUGCGAGUCCUGAUCCUACCGGACCAGUUGGUCUUUUCUGGCUCGACAAACUACCGAAUCACGGUAAAUCCAUCUUGCACGACGGAGAAGCGUAUAAACCGUUGCUAUCCAUUUUGGCGUCUUCGGAUAUCGAGAAGGUCGGCGUUGGUUUGACGUCAGAUGUCCGGCACUUGUUGGAUUGGUGGGGCGUUUCCGGUGCGGCCACAUACUCGCCAUACUUUAUCGCGAACACGGUGGAUAUAUCGGAAGUGUACUCGUCAGACACACGCGUGGCCGACCGUUCUCUGCAGGAAAUGUGCGAGUCGGUGUUGCAGUUGCGUUUGCGCAAGCGCAAGUCGAUUUCGAGAAACAAAAAACGCUCGCACUGGCGUGCGGAAGUGUUGACCAAGCAAAUGAAAGAAUACGCUGCCAACGACGCGGCGUGCGCAGUAGAGGUCUAUUUGUCCCUGUGUGCCGAAGAAUCCGACGACAGUGAUGAUUCAGGUGACGACGACGAAAACGAUCACAGCUCCAUAGAUCAUUCGGAUGCUGAUGAAAGGGAUCCUAGUUCAUACCAAUAG